ACCUCCAUCCAUCGCCCACCAUCUCCUCCAAUAUCGCUCAGAGAAAGGGAGGCUUUCAUUCCCUGUGAGUGAGAAGGGAGAUGAGGGCGGGAGCAGGGUUCAACACGACGGCAGUGGUGGUGCCCUCGGCAGCGGCGGCGGCGGCGGCGGCGGGGGGAGGAGGUGGGCACUCGGAGUGGCACUCGCCGGUGCCCUACCUGUUCGGGGGUCUGGCGGCGAUGCUGGGCCUCAUCGCCUUCGCCCUCCUCCUCCUCGCCUGCUCUUACUGGAAGCUAUCGAGACGCCUCGGGGGCCGCCGCGGCGGGGACGCCGAGCCGGACCCGAAGACGUGGGUGGGGGUGGCGAAGCCGGCCGCGUGCUACGAGGAAAAGGUAGUGGUGAUCAUGGCCGGAGACGAGAAGCCGACGUACCUCGCGACUCCCAUUUCGAGCCCAGCCUCGUCGUCGUUCGGUGAUCACUGUAAUAAGGGCGAUCAUUACAAUGACGAAGAGGAGGGGAAGAAGAUCGAGGAUUGCACGGGGCCGGGAAAUGAGACGCAAAACAAGGAACAGAUCCGUAGCCAAAGAGAGAACCAAAACUUGGGUGCAUGAGUUUUAUUAUUAUUAUUAUUAUUAUUAUUAUUAUUAUUAUUUAGAUCGCUUUUUCUGAUUUUUAUUUGCGGGAAAAAUGUAAUGUUUUAGUCGAAGAAGAGAGCCCCCUUUUUUGUGUUUUCCGGUUGCAUAGAAAAUGCAUAUUUUAUGUCUUUCA